GAUUGGCUGGGACGGUUGUGGGUGGGGAGAAGCCGGCCGGACAGGUUAAGACUGCAGGGAUCCGAAGACGGUUGGCGUGUGAGAGGUUUUGUCGCUCUAGAACCUCAUAGAAAUUCUCUCUCAGGGUGAUUCUUCAAGCAGUCACUAUGUCAACAGACACAGGCGUUUCCCUUCCUUCAUAUGAGGAAGAUCAGGGAUCCAAACUUAUUCGAAAAGCUAAGGAGGCACCAUUCGUACCCGUUGGAAUAGCAGGUUUUGCAGCAAUUGUUGCAUAUGGAUUAUACAAACUGAAGAGCAGGGGAAAUACUAAAAUGUCCCUUCAUCUGAUCCACAUGCGUGUGGCAGCCCAAGGCUUUGUUGUAGGAGCAAUGACUGUCGGUAUGGGCUAUUCCAUGUAUCGGGAAUUCUGGGCAAAACCUAAGCCUUAGAAGAAGAGAUGCUGUCUUGGUCUUGUUGGAGGAGCUUGCUUUAGUUAGAUGUCUCAUUAUUGAAGUUACCUAUUAUUGUUGAAAAAAAACUAAUUUGUAUGGAUUUAGAUGGUAACAUGGCAUUUUGAAUAUUGGCUUCCUUUCUUACAGGCUUGAUUUGCCUGGUGACCGAAUUACUAGUGACUAGUUUACUAACUAGGUCAUUCAAGGAAGUCAAGUUAACUUAAACCUGUCACCUAAAUGUACUUGAUGGUGUUGAAAUGUCCACCUUCUUAAAUUUUUAAGAUGAACUUAGUUCUAAAGAAGAUAACAGGCCAGUCCUGAAGGUACUCCCAGUUUGCUGCAGAAUCUCGUAUUUUGGAUGUUGUAUAAGAGUCCUAUUUGCCCCAGUUAAUUCAACUUUUUUCUACCUAUUUUAUGGACUGUCUGGCUCUGUUAGAACUCUGUCCAAAAAGUGCAUGGAAUAUAGUUUGUAAAGCUUCCCACAGCUGACAAUAUAUGUGCAUGUGUUUAAACCAAAUCCAGAAAGCUUACAAUAGAGCUGCAUAAUAGUAGUAUUUAUUAAAGAAUCACAAUUGUAAACAUGAGAAUAACUUAAGGAUUUUAGUUUCGUUUUUUGUAAUUGCAAAUUAUAUUUUUGCUGCUGAUAUAAUAAUUUUUAAAUGUCAUCUUGAAAUAGAAAUACGUAUUUUAAGCACUCAUGCAAAGGUAAAUGAACACUUUUUAAAUGUGUGUGUUGCUUAUUUUUUCCAUAAGAAUUGUGAAUAUUGAACUGAACAAAUUACCUGUAAUGGAUUUGAUUAAUGACUUAUGAGCAAGCUGGUUUGGCCAGACAGUAUACUCAAACUUUUAUGUACUACAGAAGGCUAUCACACUUGUGAAAUUCUCUUGUCUAAUCUAAAUUUACAUUCCAUGGCGAUAACAUGGUAUAUGUAUUGUUAUUAAAGUAGGUGACCCAUGUCAAAUGUGUUGUGUUUAUUUCAUGAGGAAGAGCUUUCUGUAGAGGAACAAAUUUGAGAACAAGUUUUAGGAAAUUGCCUUUUUUGUUGUUGUUCUCUAAUCAUGUUCUGCUUUCUGUUUUGACGAUUUUAAAAAUAUUUUACUCUAUGGUGUGUUUUACUUUCUUUUGUGAGUAACUUUUGUUCUAUUGAUUAUCCAUAUAAAUUUUUAAUUUUUUUUUUUUUUAUUUUUUGAGAAAGAAUUAUUCUCUGGUGCCUAGGCUAGAGUGCAGUGGCACGAUCUUGGCUUACUGCAACUUCCACCCCCCAGGUUCAAGUGAUUCUCCUGCCUCAGCUUCCCGAGUAGCUGUGAUUACAGGCAUGUGCCAACACACCUGGCUAAUUUUUGUAUUUUUAGUAGAGACGAGGUUUCACCAUGUUGGCCAGGCUGAUCUUGAACUCCUGACCUCAGAUUAUCCACCUGCCUUGGCCUCCCAAAGUGCUAGAUUACAGGCGUGAGCCACCACCCCCAGCUGAUUAUCCGUAUAAUUACGACACUCUUCGAUUUAUUUUUAGUCACCAAUAAUUCCUUUUGAGAAAUAUUUAAGCCUAGCAUAUUUCUCUCUUCCCUCCUUCUCUAUUAACCAGUUCUGGUCAAUAAUAUUAUUGGAUUUUACUCUUACACUGUUUGUUUGUUUGUUUUGAGACGGAGUCUUGCUCUGUUGCUCAGGUUAGAGUACAGUGGCGUGAUCUGAGCUCAUGGCAGCCUCCACCUCCUAGCUUCAAGCGAUUCUGAUGCUUCAACCUCCUGAGUAGCUGGGAUUACAGGCAUGCACCACCAUGGCCAGGCUAAUUUUCGUAUUUUUAGUAAAGGCGAGGUUUCACCAUGUUGGCCAGGAUGAUCUCGAACUCCUGGCGUCAAGAGAUCUAUCUGCCUCAGCCUCCCAAAGUGCUGGGAUUACAGGCAUAAUCUACCACGCCUGACCUACUCUUGUACUGUUAAAUGUGAUUAUACUUCUUUUUGACUUGUCAGCGUAGCUUUAGCUGAUAUGCUCUGGUGCCCAACUAUCAUUGUAUCAGUGAACUUCCACUUUCUUUCCCUUUUCUCUCAAUUUUUGUUGUAUCAUUUCUACAUUGUGAGGACAUAUAAUAUUUACAUUCUGUUGUCAUCCUCACAUUUCUUAGUUCCACAGUGUAAAUAUAUUUGAAACUCAAACAUUCCCAGUAAUCUCUUGGUCAGCUGCAAUUAAUGAUUUAACAGUUUCCUUAAGAAAGACUCAUGGAACAAUUUCCCUAAAUUUUUGCCAUGUCAAAUAUGUUUAUCUGUAGCCUUUACACAGUAAAAACAAUUUGGCUAGAUAAUACAAUUCUCAGUUCAUAUUUUUCUUUGGAAUAUUAAAGUGUUGCUAUAGAGAA